GUUACAACUUACAUCUUCUCUCUCUCACACUCAAGAAAAAGGGUUGCUAAAUUGUUGGGGAGAACUUCUCUGAUCGCCAGUUCUUGCUUUUUGGGUGUUCUCUUUCUCUCCAUGGAACCUGCAAAAAUCGAUUGGAAGAGAAUCGAUUCAAGAUUUGUAGUGGACAGCGUUUAUGAGCACAUAAACGCCCCCAACUGGGUUGAUUUCUUGUCCCCUGAACCUCAAGACGCCAUUGGUGAUCAAGCUUGGUUCUGCAGGCCUGAUUGUAAUCAUCCAAAGACAGCUGAGGAUUUCCUUAACACAACACCCACUUCCAAUUCCAAGCUUCAGAGGUCAGCUGGUGUUAGCCAAAUAUCUCCACUCAAGGAUUGGAAUCAAGGGAAUGCAAAUGUGAAAAGAAGAGGACUGAGACAUUCUCCAAAUAAUAUAUCACAUAUCCAUCCCAAAUUCAGUGAAGAUAGUGAAAACCAGAACCCAAGUUUAUCGACGCCUCCCAAUCAGCAAGCUAAUUUCUUCAAAGCAGCAGCAGCAGGAGCAAUUAAAUCAAGCAGUGAAAAGAAGAAACAACUAUUGGUUGAUGAUAAUAAGUCAGAGAGUGAAGAGGUGGGAGGGUUAAAAAGCACACUGUCAGCAAGAAAUUUGUUUGGAAGUAGGGACAUAUUCAAUCAUAUAACUGAGUUUUGCAAUGAAUUGAAGAAAUUGGCAACAAGAGUGAGGGAGAGAGAGAAUGAGGAGAAGACUGCAGUGGUGGUGAAGGAACCUCCUCCUCCUCCUCCUCGUAAGAUUUUGGGUGAAAUCACUGAAAUGGAAGUCAGUGAGAAAAAGUUAUUGGUUGAUGGGAAUGCAAAGGACAAGCCAAGAAGGAAGAAAAGAGGUGAUGAGGCAGAAAACAUUCCAAUCUCUGUGAAUUUGGAGAAAGUAGUAAAGCACAAAGGAGAAGAGCGGUUGUUGCAGAGCCGAACCAAUCCACCCUCCCCUCAAUGCUUUUCUGCGCCUUCAUCAAAGGCUUCAACAAGAUCCAAGCUUAUGAUGGAGAGAGGGGUCCUUGAAGAAGUGAAGCAAAAUAAGGAUGAAGGUGUAGCAACUGUUUCUUCUUCUUCUUCUUCUUCUUCUUCUAUAAUUGAUGGAAGGCAAGCAAGGGCCUUGGAUGUAUUUUGGUUCCUGAAGCCCUGCACUCUCUCUGACUGACUUGGAUACAUACAUAAAUACAUACCGUCAGAAAACAACAAACAAAUAAUUGAACUUCAUUCUUAGUAGAGUUUAUUCUCUUAUUAUUAGUAUGCAAUUCUCAUUCAUUUGUUGUUGAUAAAAGAAUAUUUCUGUCUGUAAUAAUUCUUUUAGCCUUUCAAUAAUUGUUACUACUGGGAAUUCAUUUUUAGUGAAUAAUAAUAAUAAUAAUAAUAGAAUACGAUGAUGGAUUCGUGGUGUUAGUGUAGUAACCGUGUAGAGUAAUAUAUCUAUCUCAUUUUU